UGGUUCAUCUUCAGUGAACAGCCGGCAACAGUGGCAGUGUUGAUAACUCAUUCAUAUGGAGGAUGAUAGCCGUGGUCCAGGUGGAUUUUACACUGCAACACUUUGCAGGUCCCCUCUUCAAUGUAUUUCCAACCAAAGUGCAUAUAAAUGCAGCUAAUGCAAAACGCACCUCCCCGCACACCAGCUGUUACAACCUGACAAAGUGAUAAACAUUUAUUUCUACACUACAGGGGCUUUUAACAAAGUUGAAUUUCCAAUAUGGUAGGAGAGGUUGUUGUUGUUCAGCGGAUUGUUGUCAUGUCCCCGCAGUGCCUGUAGUGGUGCUGUGAGGAGUCUGCUGUGGAUCCAACAAAAAUCCUCAGCAGUCUACCUACUGCUUAUAAUUUGCUCUGGAUAGCCUAUAUUUACAUGCAUCCUUAUUUCAAGAUAUACCGAGCUCGAUGAAGAUCGCUGUUACUAUCCUAUCUCGAAUAUCGAUGCACAAAUAGCCUAGCUGAUUCUAAUAGACAUUUCGGCCGUCUAUCUGGAGCGAAUACCGUACACAGCCCAUACCAAUUCAAGCUGAUGUUGUCAAGGACAAGAGUCACGUGAUGUAUGAAGGCAAACACAUACACUUCUCAGAGGUGGACAAUAAGCCGUUGUGCUCAUACAGCCCAAAGCUCUGCAAGCAACGCAGACUAAAUGGCUACGCUUUCUGUAUCCGGCACGUUCUGGAGGAUAAGACGGCUCCCUUUAAACAAUGUGAAUAUGUGGCGAAGUACAACAGUCAGCGAUGUACUAACCCCAUCCCCAAGUCUGAAGACCGCAGAUACUGUAACAGUCACCUGCAGGUUUUGGGCUUUAUCCCCAAGAAGGAGCGGAAAAAGAAACAUGAUGCUUUGGAAGAAAUGCGCUCACGGGCUCACCUAGAGUCAGUGGCUCUAAACAUAACUGUGCCCUCUCUUGCUAUGAAACCUCCCAAUGGUCUAGAUGAACUUCCACCAUCCCCACCCUGUUCACGCCUGCUACCCCUUCCAGACGGGGAACUACUGGACCCUUUUGCCUUUUAUGAGGAUGACACAGAUGGGGAGGAGGUCGGUGCUCCUCGGAAGGGCAGUGCCAUCAAGAAGAAACUUCAGAGUCGGCUGGUGCUCAACCAGAAACUCUGCCAUGACACGGACCUCUUCCAAUCCCCUCCUGAGCACUUUAGUCCUUCCCCUGUCCCACGUGUCCAUUCCUCUUCACCGCUUAAUGCUCAUCUCCCUCGGCAGCAGUCAGGUCUUCUCCAGCCACCCCAGCACUCCAGUGUCACUUCGUUCAUCUUCCCAGGACAGCAGCAGGGUUUAUUAUGCAAUCCACCACCACCUCAGACGGUCAACUUUCUGCCUCCAGGGAUGCCCAGUAAUGCAGUCCCCAGUUCAGUUCAACCUUCAUCACUCAGCAGGAAAAUGCCUUUCACCGCCACCCACUUGCCUGUCAGCUGCAAGGAUAGUGGUAGUAACAGUCAGCGGCACGUGGUUGUCAUGCAUCCUGCUGCCUUCUCACCUUCUGCCACUUGCCUGGCCAGGUUGCAACAUCUGGUGCAACUCUGUGCCAAGAGACAUCUAGAACACGGAGACCUCUUUCCUCAUUUAGGAUUGGACUGGUCAGAGGACAGUGAUGAGGAUGAUGAAGACGAUGAAGAGUCAGAAAGAAUUUUUCCUUUUCAGAGCUCUUGGAGACCACAGAAUGGACUAGAAGAUGAGAGUGGAUCCUCCAGGAGAACACGGCUACUUAGGAUUUGCUCGUACCUCCAGGAGAAAUACAAGCACAUGUGCAGGCAGGAGAGGGCGAGUAUCCGCCAAAAGAGAUACCGCUAUGCCUUCCGCAAAGCCCUGCUGCACGCUGCCAGUAAUAACCCUGACUGUGCUGGUCAGCUGAUACAGGAGUUACGUGGUGCCUCUCAAAGUUCCUCAAGUGUGGCUCCAGCAAAGCUGCAGAAUACAGAUACAGGGAUCUGCACCGGCAGCACAAAGGGACAGGCCUGCAACAACAGAGCUCUGCCCUUCACUCGACACUGCUUUCAGCACAUUCUGUUAAACCGUUCCCAACAGCUCUUUGCUAGUUGCACAGCCAAAUUUGCAGAUGGUCAGCAGUGCUCCAUCCCUGUGUUUGAUAUCACACACCAGACACCACUCUGUGAAGAACAUGCCAAAAAGAUGGAUAAUUUUCUGCGUGGGGAUGGUAACAGACGAGUGCAGCACCAGCAGCAGCAACAGCGCAAGCCACGUAAAAAGACCAAGCCACCGGCGCUCACCAAAAAACAUAAGAAGAAGAGGAGGAGAGGGCCUCGGAGGCCUCAGAAACCCAUCCCUCCAGCAUUGCCACAGGGGAACCUGGGAAUGCCUUCUACAAGCCUAGCAAUGCCUUCGCAGGCCAGCAUCAGGAGCCCUUCAACUCCAGAUCUGAGUACAGACGAGCUUCCUGAUGAUAUCACCAAUGAAAUGGCAGACAUUCCAAAUGACCUUGAACUAAACCAGGAGGAUUUCUCUGACGUGUUACCCAGAAUCCCUGAUGACCUGCAGGACUUUGACUUGUUUGAAGGUAAGAACGGGGAGCUCCUGCCGACCACAGAGGAGGCUGAGGAGCUGGUUCGUGCGCUACAGGCAAUGGGGUCCUAUACGGAUUCUUUGGUGUGCCUGACCUCCAUGGGUGAACUAGCCCCCUCUGAAGGAGUGGACCAACGAGCCAUGACUGUGUUUUCUGGUCCGGUCCAGCCGGGGGGCAUGGGGGACCUGCUCAACAGCCGCAUCCCUACGGAAAACUUCACCAGCCUUGAGCUGGAGGACAAUCUACUGCAGUCCACUGGGGGACACUUUCCUCCCUCACCACCAUCUCAGCCCUCAAACCAGCCCCCAACAUCAUGCUCCAAUCUGACCUCAUCUUCUUCCACAGCAGCCCCCUCCACCACCUCCCUGCUCACUCAGACCUCCCUAUCAGAGCGAACGUUUUCACGGACACACACAUCCAACGUUCUGUCAAAGUCAGAUGCACCCACAUCGUCUUCCCAAGGCAGCCACUACAACAGUGACCACGUGCCAUCCCCGUACAGUGACCACAUAUCUUCACCCCACGCCACAUCCUUCCCAACAGAUACCCCUCUGCUACUCGAAGUCCCUCUCAGUGGGGUACCAGGACCCCCACGCUCAUCAUGGAACAAUCUCCCACUCCCUCUCACUGAUCCCACACAGUUUGGCAAUCUCAUAGGUUCAGAAAGUCAUCUCAUAUCCACCUCCCUGUCCACUCCCCCGGCCACCACCCACUCUGUGACGCUGCAGCCCAUGGCUGCGCUCUCAGCUAUGCCUCAGAGUGGCCUGACAGGUUUAGCGACCCCACCUGCUCCCUCGUCCUCCCUUCCAUCUUCUUCACAUGAUCUUCUGACCUCCACUCAGCCCAAGCAGCAGCUCCCUCAGUUCAGCGCGGCCUUUGGCCAUCAAUUGGCCUCCCACAGUGGCAUCCCGAAAGACGUGCAGCCUAGCCACAGCUCCACAGCGCCCCCCGCUGGCUUCUCAAUAGUUAGUGCCACCGCUGCAAGUGCCAAUAGCGCCACACCACCCUUCACGCAAAGUAAAUGAGGGCAGCCUGCAGCGGCUGCGAGAUGGUCUGUGGACUGACUUUACUCACUUACAAUCCACCCUGCUGGCCUCUCAUCUACCACCUUUCUUUAUCUGCUAUGUGUGCAAUGUGAAAUAUAGUGCACUAUUUGAUAAUGAAUUUGCACAACCUCAGAAUUUCCUCAAUAUUUUCUGUUGUCGUUCUUUUAAUCAGUAGCCAGAUGGUGUCUGGGGUUGUAAGUCAGUGUGAGUCCACGUUUGAUGCCUUGUGGUUACGUCACCCGGGGGGUUACAGUCAGAAGGCAGAUUUUGUGGUGAAAUACACGGGUGAAAUUUGCAGAAGGACCUUAGCAGAGAUUAUCUCAGAAUUCAUUGACGUAGAUGCCUCAAUCAGUGGUUGGUUUUGUUUGCUUUGCCAGUUAAGUCCUGUCUUCAGAUGAUCAACUGUACCCUGCCUUGCUCAGAUGGCCAUUGCAUUUCGUUUUUCUACCUGUUUCAUACACUGCUUCUGUCACCCCUUUGAAAAACAAGAGUACAGCUUUUGAUGUUUGUGAUCCAUUAUGUUUGAAGCUAUUUAACUGUUGUCAUGAUAUAGAAUCUUAUUGAGUCGGAUUUCACAGUCAUAUGAAUUUACCAAAAUACUUUUAAACAGCUGUUUUUAUAUUGUGUAUACUGUAUAUGUGCUCAUUUAUCAGUUUGCUCAGACGUCAAAAUAUCUGACCUCACCAUUGGUUGUGGGACUCUGAGUGGCAUAGUAGACACUUGAAGGUAAAUAUAGUUUCUUAAAGCAAUAAACACAUUAACAUAACUUUAGCAUUGUUAAAGUAUUUUAUUGGUCUCAUUACAUGUAGCUUCACUUGGUGAAUCCAGGCCGACAUGGAUCAGGACUAUUUUGGCCUCCAUAACUGUUGUAAACCUUUUAUUUUUUACAACAGUUUCACUCAGAACUAGAGAGUCUGAAAGAGACCAGCGAUCAGGUUAGUCCAGCUUCUUUUCUCGGGUCAUACUUAGUGGAUUUUAGAGAUUAAUAGACAAGCUUCAGUGUUAUGGUUAGGACGAUGAUGGUGUAAUCCAGGGACUUUAAGUGUCUACUUUCAAAGGUGCUCUCUGGUCCCCAUAUACAAUGGUCUUUAGUGACUUGCAUGUAACACUCAUACAAGACAAAUUCAGUUUCAGGACUUUUAAGGAAACCCACUGUAUGAUGUCAUGGCCAGGGUAAAGGCCCAGUGAAAGGUUUUAGGCAGUAAAUUGAUUUUGGAAUAUUUUACUCAUUGGCUCAGUGUAACAUGAUGGUAUAAUAUAAUUGGUGUGCUGAGCAUGUCUGAGGUAUAGCACUGUUUGUUUUUAACUGAAACACAAAAUGUAAUGCUUCUAAGGUAAAUGAUGCAAACCUGAUUAGAAUUACCCCUCUCCCGUCUGUUAUCGACUCAUACAGCAGAACAACCAUGGCUUUUGAUAGAUAUUAUAUUAGAAAUUGACAGAUUGUCAGACAUUAUUGAGUAUUAGGUAUAUAGAGUAGCAUUCUCUAUUUUGGGGUUUGUUGGUGAUUAUUGAGUAGCAAUGGAUUGAAAAUGUUCUUUGCAAUGUAUUCAGUGGAACCUGUGUUUUGUAGAGUUGAGUCUCUGGUUUUUAAUGGCUAUCAAAAUGCUUGUAAGUUCUUUUGAAGUUGGAGGGAUCAGUGUUUGCGUGUAUGCCGUCAUUCUGGUUUUAACAAUAUUCCAGUAAAGAAUAUUUUGAUAGCUAUUAAACUGCAGGAAGCAGUCAGAUUGCAUGGGGCAGCAACCUUUUGUCACUGAUAUCAAUAAUGAAAACUGAAUCAUGGUCGCUGGCUUGAUUGGUGGUGGGAUAAAAACAUAGGGAUAUAUGCAUUGGCGUUUCUUUUCAUGAAGAAAAACAGAUCACAUGUCACCUUUUAACAUAGAUUUGCACAGGAGUGGAGGACGCUGGUGUUGCCUCACAAACCCCGUGUCUGUUUUUUUUGCCUUUUUUUUUUUUUUUUUUUUGCUCGGACGCCCAUUAAACGAACAGCUGCCAUCAUUAACAGCUCUGAGCCUGAACCAGAACCCCAUCCAGCUGUGAGAAGGCCCAGUUCUGUCUCUCGCUCCCAAAGAGACGACACAUCACCAAGCGUAAAAACCCCCGUAGCGACUGGGAGAGACGACUGGGCUCCACAGUUGACUGUAGUGUUGUUGCGUAGUCAUGAACACAGUGUCCGUUGAAAAAUGUUUAAAACUAGGUUGGAUGAAAGUGUUUGAAAUAAGCUGCUGUAUCCACAAAGCAUGAGAUUAGUCGCUGCACCCGUUUUCACUCUCCAAACAACCACGUAGAACAAAAUUAACAGGGCUCGUAGGCACAUGUAACUGCUUGAAUUCAGAGAUGGCUGACAAAUUCCUAUACUCAUUGAAUGUACUGUAUUACUGUUUUUAAAGAUAGGAUGAGCUAAUCUAGUCACCUUUUGUUAUUGGUCCUUGUUUUAAUUUGUCUAAGGUAUUUUUUGUAUACAAAGGUUUACAUUUUUAUGUAUAUUUUUCUUGUGUACAAAUUAUGUAAUAUGUGUACAAACACUGUAUGUAAUAUCUGUAUAUAGUGUGAGAAAUUUGAUCUUUUGUUUUUGGAUGUAUAAAUAAAACUUGCUGUGAGGUAUUUACUGA